AUGGGAAUCUUCAAGCUCUCCUUACUUUUCUCCAUUCUUACCUUCCUCCUCCUCGCUAUUAUCACCGCCGGGGACGAGCUCGGCACGUACGUCAUCCACGUGAAGCCCCAGGAGAACCGCCUGUUCGGCACGACGGACGACUACCGGAAGGCGUGGCAUCAGUCCUUCCUACCCGAGCAUGGCCGGCUGCUCCACUCCUACCACCACGUAGCAAGCGGCUUCGCGGCGCGGCUGACGCGGCGGGAGCUCGAAGCCAUCUCCGCCAUGCCCGGGUUCAUCGCCGCGGUGCAGGACGUGAUCUACCACGUGCAGACGACGCACACGCCGCAGUUCCUGGGACUGGACACGGCGCUGGGCGCAAGGAACUUGUCCGUUGGCUCCGGCGAUGGCGUCAUCAUCGGAGUGCUCGACACCGGUAUCUUCCCCGAUCACCCCUCCUUCAGCGGCUUCGGCAUGAUGCCGCCGCCGGCCAAGUGGAAGGGGAGGUGCGACUUCAACGGCUCUGCGUGCAACGGGCACAAGCUGAUCGGUGCUCGGACCUUCAUCAGCAGCAUCAACGGCAGUGCUGCCGCCCCCGUGUCGCCGAUCGACGGGCAUGGGCACGGCACGCACACGUCCAGCACCGCCGCAGGAUCGGCCGUGCCGGGUGCUCAGGUGCUCGGGCAGGGCAACGGCACUGCGUCCGGCAUCGCGCCCCGCGCGCACGUCGCCAUGUACAAGGUUUGCGACGCGAGCGGCGCCUGCGCCGGUGUAGAUGUGCUCGCCGGCAUCGACGCCGCCGUGUCCGACGGCUGCGACGUUAUAUCCAUGUCUCUCGGCUUUCCGCAGCGGCCUUUCUACAAUGAUAGCGUCGCCGUCGGCACGUUCGCCGCAGCAGAGAAGGGGAUCUUCGUCAGCAUGGCGGCUGGCAACGUCGGCCCGAGAAACUCCACGAUAUUAAAUGAGGCGCCAUGGAUGCUCACCGUCGCGGCGAGCACCAUGGACCGUUUGAUCAUCGCCAAGGUUAUCCUUGGAGAAAACCUCUCCUUCGACGGCGAGUCGCUCUACCAGCCCGGUAACUCGGUGGCUGCCCCGUUGUUCUACCCCGGUGGGAACUCAACGCCCUCCGCCCAGUUCUGCGGCAACGGCUCGCUGGACGGCUUUGACGUCAAGAACAAGAUAGUGCUGUGCGACAGCGGCAACGUCCUGCCGGUGGAGAAGGGAGCCGAGGUGCUGAGAGCCGGAGGCGCAGGCAUGAUUCUGGCCAACGAGUUUUCCCAGGGCUACAUCACGUCCCCGGUCGCGCACGUCCUGCCGGCCUCGCGAGUCAGCUAUGCUGCUGGAGUGGAGAUCAAGAACUACAUCAAGUCCACGCCGAACGCGAUGGCCAAUAUCUCCUUCAUAGGCACGGUCCUCGGCACGUCGCCGGCCCCGGUCAUCACCUACUUCUCCUCCCGUGGCCCCAGCGUCCACAGCCCCGGCAUUCUUAAGCCUGACAUCACGGGCCCCGGCGUGAACGUGAUCGCGGCGUGGCCGUUCCAUGUCGGCCCGCCGUCGAUUGACCUCAGGCCGACCUUCAACAUUCUCUCCGGCACGUCCAUGUCGACGCCGCACCUUGCUGGUGUCGCCGCGCUGAUCAAGAGCAAGCACCCCGACUGGUCGCCGGCCGCGAUCAAGUCCGCCAUCAUGACCACCGCCGACGUCAACGACCGCUCCGGCACGCCGAUACUCGACGAGCAGCACAAGGCCGCCGACCUCUUCGCUGUCGGGGCCGGCCAUGUCAAUCCGGAGAAGGCCGUGGACCCCGGCCUGGUCUUCGAUGCUGCCGCCGAAGACUACAUCGGCUACUUGUGCGGCAUGUAUACGAACCAGCAAGUCUCGGUGAUCGCGCACCGGGCGGUGGACUGCUCGGCCGUCAAGGUGAUCCGAGAGUACCAGCUAAACUACCCAUCGAUCUCGCUGAGGUUCCCACAGACAUGGAGCCCGACGUUUGUUAUUGAGGUAGACCGCACUGUGAAGAACGUCGGAGAGGUGCCGGCCACGUAUCACCAUCAGGUCGACAUGCCGGCAGACAGCCCUGUGAGCGUCGGCGUUUUCCCGAGCUCCCUAUUGUUCACCGAGGCGGACCAAGUGCAGAAGUUACAAAUAUUCGUGUGGGCGACGAACAGCAGCGCCACGGCGGUGCAGGGCGCCCUACGGUGGGUGUCAGAGAAGCACACCGUGAGGAUCCCCAUCUCGGUCACCUUUGCCGCAGAAUAG